AAUAAGCGCCAACAAGAAGAUGAUGACCAACUUUUGCGGCUCUCACGCCCUUGUGAUGCUCCUUCUUAAUCUCUGCUUCAUCUUCUUCCUUCUUCAAUCUCCAGCGCCGGCAUUAGCCGCCGGAGAGGAUGUGGAUGGAGAUAUGUCGGAGUUACUGAGCAGAGAAGAGAUGGUGCAGAUGGCUGGAUAUGGAGAGGAGAAGCUUUCCACAGUGCUUGUGACAGGAUCUGUUCAUUGUGAGGCCCAUAAUUUGCAUGGAAAAGCCGAUGAGCUUCAUGCAUGGCCAAUUCCAGGGGCUUUGGUGGCCGUCAAUUGCGACAGCUACGGCGGCCGGGGGGGAGGAAAGUCGACGGUAGCAAAAGGUGUAACGGAUGAAUAUGGAGACUUCAUGAUCGAUAUUCCUUCACACUUGCAUGCAAUUCCCAACUUGGAAAAAAUAUGCAGAGUCAAAGUUCAGCAGAUCCCAAGGAACUCACGGUGCCAGCCAGCUUAUAUCAAGAGACACAAGAAACUCAUAUUAUCAACUUUUGGGAAUGGCAUUCGAACUUACAGUGCCGGCAACUUCAGAUUCCAGCAUUCCGCUUCCAAGCCCUUGCAUGGAUAAACACAGAGAGGAAGCAAUAUAGCAGAUUAAAUCAAUCAUGAACAAGUCUCAGAUAUGUGCUUUCAAAUAUCUGAUAUGUUUGUUUAUGAUUGACCUGCUUUUCGUAUAUUUUGUAAAUUAAAUGUGAGACAGUCUUAUAUAUAGUCUUACAAGGAAGAGUCCCAUGGCUCACUUAGAUGGCGCUCUAGUCACAGUAUUGAGUUGCAUGGAUUUUAAACAUUAUGGUAAAGAAAACUGUAAAAUGCAUUUGGGUUGCAUGAGUUAUUUGAUGUUUCUAAA